ACUACUACAUCAGCGUGAACCACACCCUCUGAUUGCAGCCGGUUUUGUUGCUUAUGUUUAAGCAGUUGCUUCUUUCGAGGUCGAAUAAAGCUUGAGUUUAUCCCGUAAUUCGAGCCCCAAAAUAAGCAUCACCUGAAGCGCUGACGAGGUCAUUGGUCCUGCUGCACAGACCUUGCGUGCGUGUGUGUGUGUGUGUGUGUGUGUGUGUGUGUGUGAGCUGUGUGAGAUAUCAUCGUUGUGAUCAUGGCACUAUCCACAUUCAGAAACAUUAUGAAGCAUCUGCUGAGAGUGAAGGCGGUCGACUGCAGUACAGAGGACUCGCGGCUCUCCCGCUGUUUAAACACAUUUGACCUGGUAGCUCUGGGUGUGGGCAGCACACUUGGAGCAGGUGUGUACGUGUUAGCUGGGGCCGUGGCACGGGAAAACGCCGGUCCAGCCAUCGUCCUUUCUUUCCUCAUCGCCGCGGUGGCCUCAGUCAUGGCGGGACUGUGUUACGCAGAGUUCGGAGCACGUGUCCCCAAGACAGGCUCAGCGUACCUGUACAGCUACGUUACAGUGGGAGAGCUAUGGGCCUUCAUCACAGGCUGGAACCUCAUCCUCUCCUACGUCAUAGGUACUUCCAGUGUUGCUCGAGCAUGGAGCGCCACGUUUGAUGAGCUCAUAGGGAAACAAAUAGAGAUGUUUUGCCAGACGCAUAUGAACAUGAAUGCUCCUGGAGUUUUAGCUGAGUACCCUGACAUGUUUGCUGUUCUCAUCAUUCUUAUUCUAACUGGGUUGCUGGCAUUUGGUGUGAAGGAGUCAGCCAUGGUGAAUAAAGUGUUCACUUGUGUUAAUGUGCUGGUGUUGAUGUUCGUGGUAGUCUCUGGCCUAAUCAAAGGAACCCUCAAAAAUUGGGACCUGAAUCCAGAUGAGAUCCUUAACAGCAGCUCUCAUGUGAAUGAAACGCAGCCACUGUUAACAGUAAAAAGUCUGGGAGAGGGAGGGUUUAUGCCCUUUGGCUUCACUGGAGUUCUCUCAGGCGCUGCUACCUGCUUUUAUGCCUUUGUUGGGUUUGACUGUAUUGCUACUACAGGAGAAGAAGUGAAGAACCCACAGAGGGCCAUUCCCAUUGGCAUAGUAUCCUCGCUCCUCAUCUGCUUUGUGGCCUACUUUGGCGUAUCAGCAGCCCUCACCAUGAUGAUGCCAUACUAUAUGCUUGAUAAGAACAGCCCACUGCCCGUGGCCUUUAAGUACGUGGGCUGGGAUGGGGCUACAUAUGCCGUGGCGGUUGGGUCACUGUGUGCCCUGUCUACCAGUCUACUAGGCUCCAUGUUUCCAAUGCCCAGAAUUAUAUGGGCCAUGGCUGAGGAUGGGCUACUCUUUAAGUUCUUGGCCAAAAUCAGCGAUAAGUCCAAAACUCCUGUAAUUGCCACUGUAACGUCAGGCAUUGUAGCAGCUGUGAUGGCUUUCCUGUUUGACCUGAAGGAUUUGGUAGAUCUCAUGUCCAUCGGGACCCUGCUGGCGUACACUCUAGUGGCUGCAUGUGUCUUGGUUUUAAGGUAUCAGCCAGAGCAGCCCAGUGUAAAUGUACAGUAUCAGAUUGCGAACUCUCAGGAGGAAGCCGAGCCGGACUCCAUCAGUGAGAGCAGCUCACGCUGUCUGGCUGGAGCUCAGGACAGCUGCACUCUCGAAAAUCUGCUCUUCCCCAAAAAUACUGAACCAUCCUGCCUCUCUGGCUUUACAGUCAAUGUCUGCACCAGUCUGAUAGGUCUGUUGGUGUGUGUUUUCUGUAUUGUAGCCGUGCAGGGUGGUUUGGCGGUGUGGUCUCUCAGUGUGCUGAGUGUCCUCGCGGGAGUGUGCUUCCUCAUCACUGUGUUAAUCUGGCGGCAGCCUGAGAGCAAGACCAAGCUUUCCUUCAAAGUACCUCUCCUCCCCUUUUUGCCUGUGCUUAGCAUGUUCAUUAAUGUCUAUCUGAUGAUGCAGCUGGACAGAGGCACUUGGUGGCGCUUCUUGAUCUGGAUGGUCAUUGGCUUUGUCAUCUAUUUUGCCUAUGGUAUCUGGAACAGUGCAGAGGCUGCCUUGGCCAGGAAUAAUACAGAUGAAGAAGUCAACUCCUUUAAAUCAGAUAAUAAGAUAAAUGGACCAUCUCAGAAAGGGACCUUUGAUGCUGCAGGAGAAAUGGAAGACAGUGACCCCUAAAAAUGCACCUGUGCCUUUAACAGUUCAUUUUGCCUAGUUGCAGUGUCUUGACUUGAGAAAUCAUCAGGGGAAAGCUUUAAUUUAUUGUAGCCAUUCGUUAUCAAAGCACCCUGAUUUAAAGGCAUGAUGUUGUACCAGGUUUACAGCAUUACCAGCUUUAAUGCUGAUCUAAUGUUGUUUUAUAAAUUUGUUCACUGUUCAGUGCUGCUGAUUUAUGGCAGUAUCUUGUCACGACAAAAUACGUGCCAUGUUUCUUUUUGCAGUGCAUGCAUAGGUGUGCUCUAUUGCAGUCAGCCAAAUGAUUGUUGCUUUUAAAUGUGUUGCCAAAGUAUGUCAUUUGACCUAUAAGGUGCUCAAGACAUUUAUGUAUAUUUGGAUUUUGUAUUACUUGAUUACAGGAAGUGUGUGUGUGUGUGAGUGUGUGUGUGAGUGUGUGUGUGAGUGUGUGUGUGUGUGUGUGUGUGAGUGUAUAUACAUGGGAAUGAUUGCACUCUAAUGAUGACCGUUUUUGCUUUCAGUGGUUUUCCUUUAGCUUUAAGAACAACUUUUCACAUCUUCACAAGCAAAUGUCUCUCUGAUAACUUCACUGCACCUGUUUGUAUGCCAUGCGUCUUGAAUUUUUCUGACAGAUGAGUUCUGCUGUAUGAGCUUGCAUUCUUCUAGAUGUAGCUAGAUGUAGCUGUGCCUUGUGCGCUCUUUUGCCCUCACCCCCUCGGGGACCAGAUGUUAGCAGGUCUUCCACUGCUACUGCUGAUCUGCAUAUACAUUGGCCCUGACAGUACGAGUAACUCGUUAAGUGGGCACAGUAUGGUGAAAAUUGUACUGUGAAAUUUUAGUGCACAUGUAUUUCUUUUUUAUUCUUUUUUUUUUUUUCCAUUUUCUGUGGGCUCCAGUGGGAAAUGCUAACUUGCAGUACAUUGGGUAUUUCCGAGAAAGCAUUAGGAAAGCAGCAGUGAGGGGAAACAACUAGGGACAAAUUGCAGGCAAAGAAGUAGAUUGAUAUUUUGUUUCGUGAAACUCAACUAAUAUUAUUCUUUAUGUUGUAUAUUUAACGAUGGCAAUGAAUUGUUGUGCCUUUGCAUAGGUCAGUUUCUAUAAUGGUCAAAUAUAUUGAGUGCAUGGUGCUUUUUGAUAGCAGUUUUCGUAUUCUGUUGCUUUUGGUUUGGGAUUAAUGUAAUUAUUUAUGUCAGUUUUUUGUCAAGUUGUCUUUGUACAUUUUGAGCUGAGCUGAAGUCCGUUUUCUUCUCAUGACUUUUUUGACCUUCAGCACGUCUUGUGUAAAAGUAAAGAAACAAUCAAAUCUCUCAAAUGAAAUGGUUGUUGAAUUUUUAUAACUGUAUAUUUAUAAAUUAUGUUUAUGAUUAAAUCCACCUUACGUGUACUUGGUGUUCCCAAUAUCUUGGAAUGUUAGUCUAGCAUUAAAAUGCCCCAACCCUUCAUACACUAAACAGAAAGCUUGAGACAUGGGAGACUUGAUUUAUUUAGAUUAACAUAAUUGGUGGAUGAAUAUUAAACUGUUGUGUACAAAGAGAAGUAUAUAUUUUGUGUAUAUAUUGCUGUUUCUUUCACAAUAAAUUAUUUCUUUGUAAAAA